AUGUUAAAAAUUAAUCUAAGUUUGCUAAUUACUAUUCUUCUAACUUGUUUAAAGUAACAUUAAUUGUUAUAAUAGACAUGUUAAUUCAAGUUGUAAUUACAUAGGCUCAGGGUCUACAAUAUUAAGUCUUACCAAUCCUGAGUAGGAAAUAGAUGUAAAGUUAGAAAAUAGAAUUUUAAACUCUAAAGAAAACGUAGGCUAUGGUUUAUGGUUAAAAUACUAGCCAUUCAUUCCAAUUUCAGACAUAAGUAUUAUAUAUUGAUAGAUAUAUUUUAUUAGGUUAUUCAGGUAAGGGAUAUUAGUCAACAGUAUAAUUUAUAUAUUUUAUGUAAUAGAAAGAGACAAAAUUUAAUGUGUUAACUUUGUAUAUUCAAAUCGACUCUUAAACUUAGACAAUCACACAUAAUAUUUUUUAUUCAUUUAAGAAAUCUACUGGGACUUUAGUAUUUAAUUUUGAAUAUGAGAAUUAUGAAGGUAGAUGGAUAUUAUUCUAUUUCUAUUGUAAUCUUUCAUCAGAAUUUACAAUUAUAGGUUUUUAUGAAUAAGAAUAAACAAUAAAAAAGAAAACCUAAAUAGUUAGCGAUAUGCCUGCCUAUGUUUAAUGGAUGAGACAUACUAUAGGAGGGAAAUAAGAUAUAAUAAAUUAACUUGGAGAAUAUUUAAAACUAUCCUAAUUCAAAGGUAGGAUAUCUUCACUUUUUACCUAGGGACCAGUAAACAUCUUUGAUAACUUGGAAUCUUUUUUACUUGAUUGUGAAAUAGAAUCGGAAUGCCUAGGUUCAAACUAUUAGUUGUCAAGCAAUAAUUAAGCAUUAUUAGGAUUAAGCUACUCUAAUGGUACAACAAGUUUAUUUGAAUAUCCAAUAUAUGUAAUUAAAGGAUGGAUAAAAUUAUCAUUAUUAGAGCAGUCAACUCUAGAUACUGUGAUAUUUCGAAUAACAAUUAAUUAGAAUUACCAAAAUGAUAUGGACAUUGGAGAUAAAGAUAUAUAUUUGUAAUAUCAUUAAAGUAGACUUCCAGCAUCAAAUGGAUUUUCAAUAACAACUUACUCUUACAACUUUCCAAGUAUAGAAAAAUACACAAGUUCUAGUACUGAUAUCAUAAAAGAAUUAGGACCAUAAUAUUUUGAGUUGUUAAUAAAAUGGCAUUAUAUUUAAUAUGAGGUUGGAACUAGUAAUAAUGAAGGAUAACCUUUAUUCACAAUUUAUUUUCCUUCUUUAUUACAGAAGAAGAAAACUUUUAAGUGGAGUAGUUAGAUUAAGCAUUUCACAGGAACUAUAAUGUAUUAUUAGGUUGGAGGAGAUUAGUAUUCAAGAAAUUAUAUGGAAGGAUAUAUAAGUGACCUAUAAUUAACAUCUUAUUGUGUAACUCCAACAAUUACCUUAUCCCCUAAUUGCCAUUAUUCUUGUCUCACAUGUGAUGGCCCUAAUAGUAAUAAUUGUUUGUCUUGUCCAAUAGAUAGUCAAAGAAUCUAAUCAGUAACUUAGAAAAUUUGUACUUGCAAAAAGAAAUAUGUGGAUAUUGAAAAUGAACCUAUAUGCAAACCAGUAUCAGAUAUUUUUCCAUUAAUGACUGAAGUAGAAUUGGAAUUAAAAUGUGAUUAUCAAGGUUAUGAUAUUUGCACUGUAGAUAAAAAAGAAUGUUCAUUUGGUUAUUUUUUAUACGACAAUUUUUGUUUAUAAUGGUAUCAUAAUUAAAUAUAUUAUAGUCCUGGGUAUUCAUCUUUUAGUACAAGAAGUGUUAUUCAAUGUUCAAAUUGUUUAUUUUAUCCUGCAACUUUCCCAUAAACAUUUACAUGCUUUUAGGAUACAAUUACUUAUGAAAAUGAUGAAGAUUUCUCUUAUUAUACUGUUAAAAGAUAAGAUAGAGAUAUCGAAUUUUAUAAUGUUGUUCAAAAUUUAAAUGGAAUUUAUGAACUAUCUCUAAAGUAUGGAUUUAAAUCUUCGAAUACAUGCAAAGAGGGAUAUUAUUUAUUCAAUGGCAAUUGUAUUUCUUGUAUCAAAGGAUGUAAGAUUUGCCAGCACGUUUAGGUAUGUCAAAUAUGUUUUACAGGUUAUGUUUUAACUAAAGAUUUUUAAUGUGAUUAAUGUUAAGGUUGUGAAGAUUGCUAUAUUUCGAAUGAAUAAGUGUUAUGUAACACUUGUAAAUUAGGAACUUAUUUGUCAUCAGAAAGUAUUUGUUUAUCUUGUGGGCAGAAUUGCUCUAGUUGUGAUUCAAAUGGAAUCUGCUACUAUUGUGAAGAUCCUUCUAAAUAUUUUUAAACAUUUGAUGGUCAUAAUUGUUUAACAUGUAGUAUUACAAAUUGCAUAUAUUGUUAUUAAUACUACAUUAAAGAAGGGAUUACUUAUACAACACUUGACAUUAAUUAGGAAGUCCUUAAACCUGAAUAACAGCAGUUCUUAAUUGGGUGUGCUCUCUGCUAGCCUAAUCUUUAUUUCAAUUAAGUCACAUUGACUUGCGAAGAAAAACCUAUUACAUUAUCCACUAAUCCAAUUCCUCCAACUGAACCUUCAACAGGAGGUGGUGGUGGAGGAGGAGGAGGAGACUUUUCAAAUUAAAUGGAUGAUUGUACUUUUGGCAUUAUUACAAACUCAUCUGGAGAUAACUUUUGUUUAAUUAGUUUAACAAACAAAAGUGCUAUUCAAAACACAGAUUGCUAAUCAAUCUCAAAUUGUUAACAAUGCAUUGAAGAAUAUAGUCUAACAAUUACAUUUUGCAUAUUAUGUGCUGAAGGAUUUUAUUCAUCAAUAUUAAAUGGGGAAUGUUUGAAAUGUGAUUCUAAUUGCAAGACUUGCAUUCAGUAAAGUUAAACUUAUUAAGAUUAUUGGAAGUGGAAUAUUAAGGCUUAUUAUAAGUACAUUUUUAAUAAAGAUGAUUCGCAUCCUUUUGAGACAUAUGCUGUAUAAACUUUCCAAAAUAAUUUUGAAAUCAUAUGUACUUCCUGUCCUUUAGGAUUUAUGCUAUAUUAAAAUGCAUGCAUCAAAGAUUGUGAUAUUGAAUGUACUUAAUGUGAAAUUAUUAAUGGUGUUGCUACCUGUAUAUAAUGCUUAGAAACUCCAUAUGGCUUUUUAAAAAGUCAAGAUUCAAAUGGAGAAUGUUUAGCUUGUCCUAGUAAUUGUGGAGCAUGCUUAGAAAGAACGAAUAAAGAAAUUUAGCUAUUCAAUCCAUAUUUCUUAUCAACAUAAAAAAAUGAAAAAUAUGCAAGAAUUUGUUAUGAAAAAUUCAAUCUAGAUUCACCAGAAGGUCAAUAUUUUAAUGAUUAAUUGCUUAAGACGAUAACUUUUUGUGAAACUUUCAAUAAAUGUUAUUAUUAAGUUAUUUUGGUUUAAAAUGUUUAUUGUUCUUAUAAUCAUUACAAUACAACAGCAAAUUAACUCUCAGAAUAAAAUCUAAUAGCUUUUAAAAUGAAAAAUAUUUUUAUUGAUGACCUUUUUCAUAAAAAGUAUUUAUCAUCUGUCGAAACUUAAGGAUUGUUUUAAUAUCUUAAUGAAAAAGUAAUCAGAGAAGUUAUUUUUGAAUAUACUUUUAUUUCAAACAACAAUGAAGUUUGUACGAUUCCUUCAUUUUCGCAAUUAUUUUCAAAAAUUUAGUAAAAUGUCUUCUCUGUUUAAACUCUUGAUGUUAAAUUUAUCGGACAGUAAAAUCCAACAACUAUAACUUUAGAAUCCAUAUUAACAUUAAGUAAUUUUACAACUAUUACUUUUCAAAAUAUUUAAUUUGAUACUGCCAAACCAAUCAAUUCAAAUAAUUGGCAAACAGCUAUUUCUCUUGAAAAUACAGCUUUUAGUUUAAAUUUAAUAUUUCAAGACUGUAUUUUUACUACUAAAAAUUCAACUCCAACUCUAUAUGAGUUUUAUUUUCACUCUGAAUAUGGUUACUCGCUUAUCAUGAUUAAUUUAACAAUAAAAGACUUUAAAGUAAUAAAUUCAGAAAUGUUUUCAUUCACAUCAAAUUCUCGAUUCCUACCAAAAAGGUUAAUUGUUUCUGAUUUAAAGAUUAUCAAUUCUUAUUUUUUGCGUACAGAUUUUUUUUUUUUUGAAACAAAAUUAGAUAAUCUUUUAUUUGACAUUCAAAUUUAAAAAAUAAAUAUCACUAAUACAACAUUCGAAAACUCAUGCUUUAUUAAAACAUAAACACAAUUAUAAAAUGAUAUUGGUGUUGUUCUGAUUAAAGAAAUGGAACUAAAAGCAGUUAUAAUUAAAGAAUAAUCUUCACUCCUAAAAAUUCAAGGAGCAUCAUCAUUUUAGCUAAAAGGUUUAAAUAUGCUUGAUAGUAUUAUAUCAUCAAGUUCUUAUCUCUACUUAUGCAAUAUCUUCCAAUUACAGAAUAUACAUAUCAAAAAUGUUACAAUAAUAAACAGUACAAUCUUUAGCAAUGAUGUUGAUUACUCUCAAUCUUAUGACGCUUUAAUAAAUGCUGCUCAAGUGUCAAUUAUUAAUUGUCAAAUAGAGAACGUUUAUUAUAAUAGUCAACAAGCUAUUUUAAAAUUAGUCUAAUUAGAAAAGCUUUCUGAAUUUAAUGUAUCUAUUUAACAAUUUUCAUUACAAAAAAGCUUAAUUACAGUAAAAAUUGAAAAUAAUUAUAUAUCUUAUCAAUAGUCCAUUAUUUAUAUAGAAUGUUAAAUUUGCAUAUUAGAAGAUGUAGAGAUUUUAAGAGGUUAUGGAUUGCCAGAAUUAACAAUUUUAGACUCUCAAAGUAUAUUUUUAAACAACAUAAUUUUUACCUAAUCUAUGCUUUACCAUUCUAAAACACUUCAUUCAUCAGUUGAUUGUAUCUUUAAGUAUGCCUAUGACUAAAUGUUUUUUUUUUUAUACAUAGGAUUAUAUUAAAAUAUCACCAUCAAUAAUUUACAAUUGACUGAUUCUAUAACAUACAAUAACCCAUUCAUAAUUAUUAAAGGUUACGAUCUAAUGGAGAAGAUACAAAAUGAGUUUAUAAGCAUCACCAACAGCAAAUUUGAAUCAAAUAUGUUGAUUAUAACAAAGACUAAUAGAGCUUCCUCAAUUAUACAAUUCUAUUCAGAAUAAAUUUGCAAAAUCAAUUUAAAUAGAGUAAAUUUUAAUUACAAUCAUCUAAAUGAAUAUAUUCAGGAUUUAUCUCGAUAAUCAUCAUCAACUUUAUUUCUCCAAUUAUAAUAAGGAGAAAUCAUAAUUGAAAAUUCAGUUUUUAAAUAGAAUUUAGUUACAAAUGCUACCGAUUCUAUAUUGUAUUUAAAAGCAAUCAAUGUUUUAUUUCAGAAUAUUCAGUUCUACAAAAACAAUAUUUUAUAACUUUCAAUAAUUAAAAGGAAUCUUUUAUUAUUUGAUGACUAUUAAGAAAUAGAUGGUCUGAGUUUAGUAAAUGCAUUUCCAAUUAAUUCAAAAAGUGGAAAUGGCUUAAUAAUUACAAACAUUCUCACUAUAAAUUGCACAUCAGUGGAUAAUUCUUUUUCAUAAUAUGGAGGUGGUUUCUAUAUUGUUGCUUAAGGUACUGGAACUAUCAAUAUUUUAAAUUCUAUGUUUUAAAAUACAUAAACUGCUUUAUCAAGUUCUUCCUUUUCCACAGGAGGUUGUUUAUACAUAGAUGCUUAAUUAUCUAAAUUAAAUCUUCAAAUAGUUUCAACAAGUAUAGAAAAAUCCUUUAGUAGAGUUGAAGGAGGUGGCCUUUAUAUUAUUCCUUCAUAACAAUAAAAUUAAAUUAAUCUGUAAAAUUUAACUAUUAAAAAUUGUUUUUCAAUAAGAUAUAGCUUUUUAUCCUAUUUAUUAUCAAACCUACAGAGCAUAAAUUCGAAUGUUUAGUUUGAUGGAAUUGAAUUUAUCGUUACAUAAGCAGGUUUUAUGAAAUAUUUGUCACUUCUAGAAUCUCCCACUGAGGACGACUUAGAUUCAAUUAGAAAUAACAAUCCUUUAAUUAAAAUAAAAUAUGGAACUGUAAAAAUUGUAAAUUGUAGCUUCAUUUCAACCCAUAUUCAAUUUUUAUUAGAUAUUGAAUAAGCAACCAACAUUUUAUUAAAAGAUAUUACCAUUACCAAUUCAACAAUCUUGUUUUCCCCUUUAAUGCGAUUAAGUUUAAGAUAAUGUAAUAUUUUAUGAAUAUUAAAUAGAAUGGAGUGGAAAUAUUUUAUUGAUCAAUAUUAAAGUAAAUAACGUAAAAUAAUAUUUUAACUAUUCCGAUUCAGAGUGUUUGAUUUCAACAUUUUUAACAAUUUAAUCUUUAACCUGUAAAGUAGGCAUUCCAGAAAUAGAUCCAAUUAUAGAAGAUUAUAAUACAUCUCUUUAAUUAGAAUAUUAAUAAGUGUGUAAUUUAAAUUAAGUCUAUAAAAAUACUACUUAUAAUUUUAGUUUGUUUGAAAUAGAUAACUUGAAUUCAUCUCAUUUUCUUCAAGUUGAAGGUUUGAACUUUAAUUCAAUAUAGUGCAAAUCUUGCUAGUAUGGCAUAUUCAGGAUUAAGGGAAUAUUCGAAACACCUAAUGAGAAUAUUUUGUUUAAUUAGGUUUAGAUUUUUGAUAGUGAAUGUGGUUAAACAGGAUGCCUUUCAUUAAUAUAAUCAGUAGACGAGCCAUUUUUAAGAAGUGAUUUACUUUAAAUUAAUAAUCGAAGAUAGCUUCAAAAACAUGAAUAUACAUAAUUAAUAGAGAAAUUAGAUCAUUAAGCCAUAAUAAUGAAUAGUAAAUUUGUUAAUAAUAAUGCUAUAUAUGGUGGUUCUAUUUUCAUAGUCUAGACAAAAACAAUAUUUAAUAAGUGUUUAUUUUAGAAAAAUAAGGCAGAUUUAGGUGGAGCUAUAUAUUAUUUUUCAAAUUAGUCUUCUAUACUUAUAUUUGAUAGUGAAAUCAUUGAUAAUUCAGCCUAAAUAGCUGGAGGUUUAUAUUUAAAUAAAUAAUAACUUCAAAAAACUGUUUAAUUAGAUGUAUUUUUAUCUAAUAACAAUUCGACUCUUUUUGGAUCAGAUGUUUUUGAGAAUCCAAGAUCAUUGACAAUAUCUGUAGAUGGAGGACAGACCUUCCUAACUAAAAUAAUAGUAAAAAAAAAUGUAAGCACAAUAGUUGAGAGAAUAAUAGUGACUCCAUAUAAGAUAUUGGGUUAAUCAGAAAAAUCUAAAUUUUUAACAUUUCCAUCAGGAAGAAAAAUUUCAACUUAUUAAUAUUUUGACUAAUAUACAUCAGAAUACAUACCUUAUAAUCUAACUUUUAGAAUUAUUGCUUUGAACAAAUAUAACACUCAAGAAAAAAAAUUAGCAGGAUCUACUUGUACAAUCACACCAACAAUAUUGAAUUUUACAAAUGAAGAAAUUAAAUAAGAAUUAAUUGGAAGUUUAUCUUAUAGCAAAGUUAAAUUUAAUGAUCUAAGUGGAGAUUAUAAUCUAGAUGAUUUAACGAUCUACUUUAAUCCAACAUAUGAAGAUGACAUCAUUUUAAGGUUGAAUAUUUAAUGUGAUAUUGUCUCAAUACCAGAAUACUAAGAUACUGCUCCUUAUUUAAUAAAGAAUUAUUUAACAAAUUAUAAUUUGUAAGUAGAUAUCAAAACUUUCUAAUGUUAAUUGGGAGAAUUUUUAAAUACAACUUCUGGAGCUUGUACAUUGUGUGAUAUUAUUUAAAAUUAAUACUAAGUUUAGUGGAGUGCUCAAAGUUGCAGUUAUAAAGAUGACUUAAAAAUGAAAUCAAUAGAAUCUUCUAUGAUUGAAUUAAGAGAGAAUUACUGGAGAGCUUACUAUUAUAGUCAAACUAUUGAACAUUGUUACCAUUUAGUUGAAAAUUGUUAAGGUGGAUGGUCUCCAGGAGAUAAAUCAUGCAUUUUAGGGCAUGUUGGUGCCUUAUGUGAAUAAUGUGACUUAUAUGAUACCAGAGGAGAUGGAUCUUUUUCUGUUAGUUCUUCCUAUUCUUGUGGAAAUUGUGAUUCAAUAGUUGGAAAUGUCUUGACUGUGUUUUUUAUAAGUAUUUGGACACUUAUUUCUAUUUUGAUGUCGGUUACUAGUACUGUUCAAAUGAUUGAAGAAUUUAUAGUGGGUCUUCGACUGAAAGCAUUUGGAGUUACUGUUGUCAUCAAAUAAGCCUCUACUGCUAUUUUAAUUAAAGUCUUUACUAAUUAUUUAUAAAUCAUUUCAACAAUUGCUACAUUCCAAUUACAGGUUCCUUCUGGCCUAGCAUCAAUAGUUAAUAGUGUUGGUAAUCCUAUUGAAUCUAUGGCAUACUCUUUAGAUUGCUUCUUAAUUAAUAUUUCGGAUAUCCUCAUCAUUUAUUUUAGAAUUAUCUGGAGUCUUCUAAUGGCAUCCUCAUAUAUUACAGUAUUCUUUUCUUUAGGAGGAAUGGCAAUUAUUACUAAUUCAAUCAAAUUUAAGUUUUCAUUUAUUACUACGGCACUUAUUUAUGUUUUCAUAUAUUUACAACCAAAUUUAAUUGGAGGAUUAAUCUCCUUAGUUUCUUAUAGAAUAAUUUCAGAUGAAUAUUGGAUUUAAGGCAAUGUUGCCUAUCGUUAUGAUACGUAUCAACAUUUUAAAUGGUUAUUGACUUUUUGCUUUCCAUUAUUAUUUUUCUUUGGAGGUAUAAUGCCAACUUAUUUGUGGUAUGGAGUAAGAAAAAAUAAACAUAGAUUAGACAUCACUAAAGUGAGAUAAAUUUGGGGUUACCUUUAUAAUGAAUAUAAACUACACGCUUAUUAUUGGGAAACAAUUAAAAUCCUUUAAAAAGAAUUAAUCAUUAUAGUAUUAGCAUAUUAUGAGGAUCACAUUCCUAUUAAAGCUUCUCUUGUAUUUUUAGUAUUAUUUGGAUACAGUUUUCUAACUACUGCUAAAAAACCCUACAUGACAGGGGAUCUUAAUUAUUUAGACACUUAAUCAACUAUCGUCUGUGCAGUUUCAAUCAUUUUAGGUAGCUCUAUAUAUACAGCUUAAUAAUCAAAUUUAUAGGAGAUCGUCUGGCCUUUUUAUAUAAUUAUUGGUAUAUUGAAUGCUCUAUUUGUUGUUUAAAUGCUUAUUAAAAUAUUGUUUGCAUAUUUUGUUAAAUUGCAUGAUCAAAUAGAUUAAGUUAAGGAAUUUAUUAUUAGUCAUUUUCCAAAUAUUGUUAGAAGGCACCCAUUCAUAUCCGAGUUAUUUGAAAGUAGAAAGAGAUAAUAGGAUAGAGUUAAAGGAAGGUUUGCAAAAAUAAGAGCAUAUCUCAUAGUUUAAGCUAGAUAGAUAUUAGAGUUUAAAAAGUAAUUAAUAACCAAUAUUUAGAUUAAAUAAUUUAGACAUACCUGCUAGAAUCAAAACUGAAUUAUAAGAUAGUUAAGAGGCUAUAUAAGAAAAAAACGAACAAAAAAGUGGUAUACAUUCUCUCAACAGUCCAGCAUCUAUAUGUCCAUCAGAUAAGUUGGAUUAUAAAGUUGAUGCACAAUUUAAAAAACCUAAAUCCCCUAAAAUAUAUCCAGAAUUCCCAAUACGUUAUAUAUCAUAGGAUAGUUUGAAAUCAAGUUUUCAGCAAUCAUAAAGUUGA